CACAUGGUGGUUGCGUGUUGUUUUUAUUCUGUAAAAAAUAAUCGCUUAAAAAUAAACGUACUUGCCAAUAAAUAUGGCAGAAAUAGUAGACACAGAAGAGAUGGACAGGGAUACCGUUGAUCCUAAAAUUUUAAAUCAGCAGUUCAGUCAGAAUUAUAAUUUAUUGACCGAAACAGCAGUGUCUCUUAAGAAAUCGUAUAUAAACAAAAUUCAUGGAACGAAAUCAUUAAGGAUCGCAGCAAGUCAAGUAGAUGGUACCAUAGAAGUGUACGAGCUGCAGCGGGCGGCAUUGAACCGCAUUUGUCGUCUGAGCGGGCAUAGGAAAGCCCUCACGGAAAUUGUAUUCAGUCCCAGAGAGGACAAUCUGCUAUAUUCUUGUGGAGAAGAUGGAUUGCUCAAGUUAUGGGAUACUAGGAGUAGUGGAAGCUGUGUGCAGGAGUACAAAAAUGAAGAAGAGCAGUUGGUCAGGCCAUACAGCUGUAUGGACGUUUCAUGCAAUGGGCGGGUGCUGUGCGCCGGCACACAAUUGGUGGAGCAUGAUGCCUACCUGGUGUUCUGGGACAACCGCAUGACCAAACCUCUGGGUGGAUAUUGGAACUCACACACCGAUGAAAUUACGCAAGUGAAAUUCCACAAAGAAAAAGUAGAAAUAUUAAUUUCUGGGGCAUUAGAUGGUUUACUAAAUAUCUACAACAUAUUAGAGAAGACCGAAGAUGAUGCCUUGGUUUUCUCUCUCAAUGUUGAGAACUCUGUAGAAAGACUGUCUUGGAUGGAUGAGAGGCAAGUGGCGUGCAUCACACAAUCUAAUGAGCUGCAAGUGUGGAAUAGUGACACAGGAGAUCUGGUUAAGAAUUACAAUAGGGACAAAGUUGCUCGAGCUAUAAAGAGAAGUCGAGGGGAUGAUUGUUAUUUAGUGGACACAUUUACGUCAAUAGAUGAAACAACUGUCUUAUUGGCAGGAUCUUAUAGUGGAAAUGGUGAUAUUCUACGUUCUGUUACCAUAACUGACAAGAAGUUAAAGCCACAUUGUAACUUCACACGGAAUAUACAAGUAGUUAGAUGUUGUUGGUAUGAGAAAGAGAGAGACAUUCUAGUAACAGCAGGGGAGUCAGGAAUAAUAAGUUUAUGGAGUCGCAGUGCGGUGGCUGAGAACGGAGUCACCUCCAAGAAGCUGUCUAAGUCAUUGAAUAAGUUACAUGUGCACCGACACAAACCAUACUGACGUCUGUGUGUGAUGUAGGUACUGACAUUGCCUCUUGUACACUCGAGGUUGAGUACCACUAUCUCGUUUUUUACUUAGGAAUACUUACUUCUAUUCCUUACAUUGAUUUAAACUUUCAUAAUAUCUCACAUUAUUUGAUUUUAAAAUCGGGACUUCCCUUUGAGACCAUAGACGUUGCAACACGUCCGAAACGUCGGAAGCAAAUGAGUAUGUUGCUAUACACGAUUAAGCCCUGAUUUUAAAAUCAAUUAAUUCAUGUACAUACCUUAUUUUGUAGUUUCCUGUCAUCAUCACGACAGAAAGAAAACUUUACGAUAUUCAUUAAUUAUUCGCCAAGUAGUGUUAAUGAAAGCUACAAAUGUUAAUGUUAUAUUGGUUUACAAUGCUAUACUGCGAGUUGAAAGUUCUGCAAACAAAUUACGUUUUACGUUAUUUUAAUGUUAAUUGAUACAUUGUUAGAAUUGAUGACGCAUUGUAUAGUCAAGAGUACAUCAAGCUUGACAUUGUGUACUUUGGACUGUUCUUAUCGUAAGCGGCAUAGAGUUGCAUUUAAGUCUUAAGUGUCAAGCUUGACAUGCUCUUGACUGGACUUAACUAUACCAGCGACUUUAGCGAGCUUAAGGAGGACACCGAUAUACUUGUUAAGUUUCCUUGUUUAAAUGAAACUCAUUAUUGCGUCAAUAGCAUUUUAUUUGAAUCCCAAUAAAAGCUACCAAAUAUUAAAAAUAAUUUCGCUAAUAUAAUAUUAAAGCCGCAGCCGCAGCUAUACAUAUGAUAAAAUAAUUAAAACAAUAUAUACCUAUUAUCAUGAUAACGCACACUAACAGUAACAAACGUUUAAGGCUAAUAAUGUAUUAAGAAUAAUCAGGUCGUGUAACUUGUUGAAUGUAAUUAUUAGCGCUCUUUAUUUGAAUUUUCCGGAAUGUCAUAAUAUUGUACCUUGUGAUCAAAGUCGCGAUAAAAUUAAUCGUGUUUUGUACGCGCGUCAUAUUCACUGUGUGUGAUCAAGAUAUUGGCCACCUGUAGUAUUCAUGCGAUCUUUUUGUUUAGACGAACACGUUCUAUUUCUCAGUUCUCAUCAUCGACCCUACGCUCUGGUAGAAUUAUGCUUAUUUGCUUGCACGCUUCAACAUUGCGUACAUACUCAACAACAUACCUAGAUAGCCUCCCAAAAUUGACGUGUACUUUACUUCCUGUAAAGUAUUUAUUCCCUUCGCAACAAUAAAUAUAAUUGGUUUUUUUUUUUUCAGUUUUCUUUUAAUUCUUAUCAUUACGAAGUGUACAGUCAAGAGCACACCAAGCCUGACUGCUUUCGACCCUGUACCUCGGAAGACAUUACAUGUAUCCUAUAAUCUUAGUUUAAUGCCCCUUGGGAAACAAUAAAAAAAUGUUUCUCGGCAACUAUUUAAAAACUUCAUGAGGCCGUUUUCGUGUAAUGAGGAGGAGUCUACAUUUUUUUCCUUUGGGCCGUUAUUAAUUUUACACCAACCCGUAUAAAACUUGUUUUUAGUAUGUGCGCGAUAAUGAAGCGCGUUCACAAAAGUAGCGCUUAUCACCAGAAAUAGAAAUAGCUAGAAUAUAUUUCGAUAAAUUUUAAGAAAGUAACACACAUAGAUGGAAUAACACCCCCCUGAAAUCCCAGAAUUUCUGAAUUGUAUAUUUUUAAAUUGUAAGUCAUGUAAUGGCAAUUACUACAGUAGAGUAUUUGAUUUAUUACGAAGUUUUGUAAUUGAAGUAAAUUUUUACUAAUUUAGUAGAUAAAGUAGAUUUUUUUUAAAUCAUUUGAUUUUGUUUCGAUUUUUUACUUCCAUUAUUCCGAGAUUUCAGAGGAAGGUAAUACUUGAAGUUUACUGUGCUUAGUCUGAUUACUGUUUAUCACAAGACUGGAUUUGUUAUCGGUAUCGUAAAAUUAUUGCCUCUCCUCUCUGUCUAUAAG